CUUCAUUUCUUCUCCUUCUCUUCUCUUCAACUGCUUUUCUACCUGCUGCGAAGCUCUAAAACGCCGUUUGCGUGAGGUUUUCUCGGCGAUCUCUCUGUAAUACAGCUAUGUCUCCAAGCAAUCUCUUCGUAAAUGGCAACUCAAGUUUCCAGGAACAAGAGAAUGGUUUCGUAGACACUGUUUCAAUAUUGAACUCUGAAAAGGCGGUGCAGGAAAUUAUUGAACAACCGCUUCUUCUGGGAAUUGAUGACCAUCUCAUAGAGUUCUCUGAGUCCUUGAGAACUGUUGCAAAAGCAUUAAGAAAGGCAGCUGAGGGGAAGGCUACAGCUCAAGCUGAGGCAUCUGAAUGGAAACGUAAAUACGAGCUAGAGAGGAAAAGGAAUCUGCAGAUAGAGCAGAAAGGAAUGACGGAUUCUAUUGAAGGCAUCGCAGCAUUGAAUUUGAAAUCUAAGGGCCAAAAUGGUCAUUGUUGUUUGCACAAGGCAGACAACACAAUGAACAAUGCCUUGGCACUGAAUGAUGCUUCUGAGAAAUCAGAGAUGUGCUGUGCUGAAAAUGGAAUUUGUACUCAUGAAGUCCUUCAGAAUGGUGAAUCCACUUGUGGUCCUAAUUUGCUACAAAAUAAGUUUAUGAGAAAGGCAUCAUUUAGAUUAUCAUGGCGAUGCAAAGGAGAAAUCAGCAAUCAACAAAAACAUGAUGUUGUCUCUUUUGAAGAGGGAAAUAUAACAACUGCAGAACGUAGCAGCAAACAGAUAUCAUUAAAAUGGGAAUCUGAGCCUCAGACUGUGCUUGUAUUAACUAAACCGAAUUCCACAUCUGUCCGUGUUUUAUGUGCAGAAAUGGUGAGAUGGUUGAAGGAGAUGAAGAAAUUGAAUAUUUUUGUCGAACCGCGAGUUAAAGGAGAACUCUUAGAAGAAUCGCCAUACUUCAACUUUGUACAGACUUGGAGUGAUGAGGAGAUCUCGCUCUUGCACACCAAAGUGGAUUUUGUUGUAACUCUCGGUGGUGAUGGGACUGUUCUUUGGGCAGCGUCAAUGUUCAAAGGACCAGUUCCUCCUUUGGUUCCAUUUUCAUUAGGUUCACUUGGUUUCAUGACACCAUUCUACAGUGAACACUACAGGGAAUAUCUCGACUCAAUCCUUAGGGGACCCUUCAAUAUAUCGUUAAAACACAGAUUGCAAUGUCAUGUAAUUAGGGACAGUGCUAAAAAUGAGUAUGAGACUGAAGGACCUAUGCUUGUCCUGAAUGAGGUCACUAUUGAUCGCGGGAUUUCAUCUUACCUUACAAAUCUAGAAUGCUACUGCGACAAUACGUUUGUUACCUGUGUUCAAGGUGAUGGUCUGAUAUUGUCGACCACUUCUGGAAGCACAGCUUAUUCAUUGGCUGCUGGAGGAUCUAUGGUCCAUCCUCAGGUUCCUGGAAUUCUAUUUACACCAAUUUGCCCGCAUUCUCUAUCAUUCCGACCCUUAAUAUUACCGGAGCAUGUAACCAUAAGGGUACAAGUCCCAUUCAACAGCAGAAGCCACGCAUGGGUAUCCUUCGAUGGAAAGGACAGGAAACAAUUAGCUCCAGGGGAUGCCUUAGUUUGUAGCAUGGCUCCAUGGCCUGUUCCAACCGCCUGCCAAGUUGACUCCACCAGUGAUUUCUUGCGUAGCAUACAUGAGGGUCUUCAUUGGAACCUUAGGAAGACUCAGUCUUCCGAUGGCCCUCGCGAUCCCUCCUCGUAAAAUCCAUCAUCCCUAACCGACUCUUCGCUCUAUCUAUAUAUAUAUUGGUAUCAUCUUUCAUAACCAAAGAUUAUGUGAUGAUACCGCGUUAUCCUAAUUUUACAAAUAUUUAAUAUAAGUGGUCUUGGAGUUAUAUGUUUGUUAUAUGCAGAAGAUGCAUGUGUAGGGGUUUAAGGCAGGAGGAAUGUUGUUAUUUUAUUUUAGAAAAACAAAAUUAUGUAUAUUUAUUUAGUGUUGUCUUUCUAAUGGAUUAUUUACUAUUAAGAAUCUAUCAUGGGGAAUUUAUAUAUAUAACUAGUAGGGUAAUCUUUAUUU